UCAUAAACGAGAUAAGAACAAAGUGGAAUUACUAAUAAAUUGAAAAUGUCUGGCUUCUGGAUCUUAUUUGUGACCUUCUGCACCAUGUAUACAGACCAACCUGGUAGACGCUGGGUUACUGCACAAUCCACAGAGUCAUCAGUUCAUCAGCCUGAUAAAGAGCUCAUUGUGGAUAUCGGAGACUCGGCUACUCUGCGGUGUUGUAUUUCUGAAAGAGACUUUGGUCACAUGGCGUGGAUUAAGCAAAUAAAAGGAAAAAAACUUCAGCUUAUAGUUGAUUUCUUUGAGACUGCUGGAGAAACAUUUCACACUGGAUUCAAUAAGUCUCGUUUCCAAAUAAAACGAUUUUCAAACUGCUUCAGUAUGACCAUUUUAAACAUCACUCAGUCUGAUGAAGCCGUGUACUUCUGUGCAAUCACGUUCCCAAACACUGUGUUUGGAGAUGGAACUUAUUUAAAAGUUGAAGAAACAUCUAAACCAGCUUUGAAUGAUAAUUCAGUGAUGUGUGAAGCAACACUGCAUGGAAACAACACUAACAUGAACACACAAGACAAAACAGUGAUCGGUUUGGGAACGGCUUUGGGUUUGUGCGCACUUCUGAUUUUCUGUCUCACUUAUUUCAUACUGAGGAGAAUAAUUAAUGACAAUUAUAGAUUAAGUGCUUCUUUCGAAAACUGUCCAGAAAUGAGGCUGGUAUCUGAAGCAGAAACUCUGAAUUAUGCAGUUGUCCAAUUCUCCAAAAGAAAAGCCAAAGAUGAAAAAAGGAAAACUGGCUCCUCAGAUAAUUGUGUGUAUGCUGAUGUGAAAAAAAGCUGUAACGUAAAUGAUUUAUAACAUAUGACACUAAUAUACUAUUAGUUAAAAUAUUUUAGUGAAUGUAAAUAUCUUUUCCGCCAUAUCAUUAUGAGAUGAUGUUAACUAAAAUGUUGUUGUGUAAAAUAUUAUUUAAAAAAAAAAUUGCUAUUUUGUUCUUUAAUUGUUGUUUAUUUACUUUUUCACCUCAUUUGUAUGGUUCACUUUUGCUGAAGACAUUUCAGUAAAAAAGUAACAAAACUUUCUCUUGAACAUUAUACUGAAGCUUCUAAAACACAUUUCAUCCAUAUUCUCCUAUAAACAUUUUAUGGUGACUCCAACAAGAAAGAUGAAUCCUUCUAGAAAUGGAGAAAUUAUCAUUUAUUGUGCAUUUCUGUUCACUCUACAUGCAACUUCAUCACUUAUUUAUUGACCAUCUAGUUUCUUACUGAAUUCUCACUACAACUAUAUAAACUGUAAUAUAUUAUGGAUUU